UUGAAUCCCCAUAUCAGGAAACCAUGGAUGCUGAAGGAAACAAUCUUUAUUUUCCGAUAAUCCUUCUCUUGCUGUCCCUUUGCCUUCUCAUUUUCAAGAACUUAAAAUCUCCAUCUUCUUCACCACCACUUCCUCCAGGUCCAUUCUCAUGGCCAAUAAUUGGAAACAUUUUCCAAAUGGGAAAUAAACCUCAUAUAACUCUAACCCAAUUUGCAAAAUCCUAUGGUCCACUUUUCUCUAUAAGACUUGGAACCCAACUAGUGAUCAUAGGAUCAUCACAAGAAUCCGCCAUUGAGAUUCUUAAAACUCAAGAUCGCGUUUUAUCAGGACGGUCUCCCCUUUAUGCAUCACCACCAAAAAGCACGCAACUUAACCAUUUAUCGGUAGGGUGGAUAGCAGAGUGCAAUGAGCAUUGGAAAUAUUUACGUACAACAAUAAGAACAGAGCUUUUUUCAGGCAAAGCAAUGGCGUCUCAAGCUGGUGCAAGGGAGAAAAUGGUUAUAGAUAUGAUAAAUUUUAUCAAUAAAAUGGAAGGGAAGGAUUUGCGAAUAAGACAAGUAGCUUUUGCAGCUAUUUUUAAUAUGUUGGGUAAUAUUUUGUUAUCAAAAGAUGUUAUAAACUUUGAAUAUGAGAGUGUUGAAGGUGAAAUUUGUGGGCCAUUAAGGGAAAUGAUAGAAGUGGGUGCAGCUUCAAAUGUAUCUGAUCUUUUCCCUAUAUUAGCCGGUCUUGAUUUACAGGGUCUACAAAGAAAGAGCAGAGAAUGGUUUAAAAAGAUUUGUAAGAUAUGGGAAGUUAUUAUUAAUGAAAGGAGGGAGAAGAACAAAGGUGAUAGUGAUAAAGUACAAAGAGAUUUCCUUGAUGCUUUGAUCAACAAUGGUUCAAGCAAUGAUCAAAUCAAUAUGCUUCUCAUGGAGAUGUUCAGUGCUGGAACAGAUUCAAGCAGUUCAUCAAUAGAGUGGAUGAUGGCAGAGCUGAUAAGGAAUCCAAAAUACAUGAAAAAGGUCGAAGAAGAAAUACAAAGAGAAACAAAUAAUGAAGAAAACCUAGAUUCUCAUUUACAUAAGUUCACAUUUCUUCAAGCCUGCUUUAAGGAAACCCUAAGGCUACACCCACCUGGACCUCUACUAGUUCCCCAUAGAGCAACAGAAUCAUGCCAAGUAAUGAACUACACAAUCCCAAAGAAUUCACAAGUUAUGGUCAAUUUCUGGGCAAUUGGAAGAGACCCUAAAAUAUGGGAAGACCCUUUGGAAUUUAAGCCAGAGAGAUUCUUGAACUCCAAUUUGGAUUUUAAAGGAAAUGAUUUUGAAUAUAUACCUUUUAGUUCUGGAAGGAGAAUUUGCCCUGGUUUACCAAUGGCUUCUAAGCAGGUUCCAUUAAUUGUUGCUUGCUUGGUCCAUUUCUUUGACUGGUCUCUACCAAAUGGUCAGAUUCGAAAUGCAGGUCAAAUAAACAUGAAUGAGAAGUAUGGUUUAACCUUGAUGAAGGAACAACCUUUACUUCUCAUUCCUAAAAGUAAAAAGUAGAGAAUCAGCCAUAUCUGUGGAGAUUGAUGCAGGUGACGUCUAAUUAAGGUUCUCAUCUACUUAUCUAUGUAUGUAUGUACGUAUGUACACAUGUAUGUGUAUGUAUCUUGCUGUGUUGUUAUUUUUAAAAUUUGUGGCUUGGAUAUGUCUACUUGUUUAAUUUGUACCAAGUUGCUAAUAAACAUUUGUUAUAACUAUAUGAUAUGUAAAUGGCUUCAGGAUUAAUUUAA